AUGAUUAAUCAAGAAGAAAUUGAUGUUUUACAAACAAUUUAUGCUCACGAUCUCUCAAUUUCAAAUACGAACCCUAGAUGGUAUGGAGUGAUGGUUGCUACUGGUGACCAGCAUCAAUGUGAAAAUGUAGAACAACAAUAUAUUCAUGUAUUAUUUCACGUGCCAUCUGGAUAUCCUUCUGUACCUGUUGAAGUUCGUGUAGUUACUCCUGUGCUAAUUACGAAUUCAAAAACUUCAAAUUCUUCGAAUAUAAUUGACAAUGAAAUUAGUGUUAAAGAAGAAUUGGAAGUUAUAUUAAAUUUAAAAGCACAAGAAAUGGCUAAUAAUGAAGAAUUUGCGAUGUAUGAAAUAGCGGAAUUAGCAAGAAAUUGGUUAUGGGAUAAUCAACGACUUUCAAAUAUCUCCCUUAAUAUUAAUCAUGAUUGGUGGGUAGGAGAAUUAUUAGAUAGAAUACUUAAUUGGCAAACAAAUUCAUAUUCGCCUUCAAAAAUAAUGGAACUUCAAUUUCAUAUGGAGCUUCAAGUUAUUGAAGGCAUACAAGAAAUUUGCAGUGUCGAAGUUGAUAUUGCAAAGGUUAGAUUCUUCUUAAUGAAGAAUCUUUGGAAUGUUGAAAAGACGAUCGAAGUUAUUACAAAGAGUAUAAAUGAAAAUAAUGACGAAACAAAUACUAACAUUAUACAUGCAACCACUGAUGACAAUGACGAAAAAAGUUGCAGCAUUUGUUUUGAUACUUUUCCAACCCGUGAAAUAAUAACAUUUGUCAUAUGUAAUCAUAGUGUUUGUAAUGAAUGUUUUAUUCAAUAUCUUUCGCUAAAGAUAUCAGAAAAUCAUGUGUUCACAAUUAGAUGCCCUGGUGAUGUUAAUUGUCCACAUUUCGUUGAUCCUAUAACAAUUGGACGAUUACUUUCACCAAAAUUAAUUUACAAAUAUUAUUCUUGUCUUCGUGAAUCCUUUAAUCAACUUCAAAAACAUACAGGAAUCACAAAAAAAUCCCAAUCAGCAAAAAAAUUUUCAUGGUGUAUAAAUCCAAAAUGUGAUUAUUCAUUAUCUCAACAAAAUUCGGAUAGCAUUGAAAUACCAUCACUCUUACAUUGUAAUGGCUGUACUUUAACCUGGUGUUCCUCAUGUGAAUUUAUGGGUGGACAUUGGCCAUCAUCAUGUAAAGAUUAUGAAAAUUACCUUCUUACAAGUCACACCGUAAAACCUAUUAAAAUAUGUAAAAAUGAAGUUUCAGAGAUCAUGACGAAACCAUGUCCAAAUUGCAAAAUUUUGAUUGCCAAGGAUGGAGGAU